AUGGGAACGACACAACUCAACAGCGAAUUUGGCGAAACAUUCGCAGAAAAGAAUGCCCAUCCCGAAAGUAAGGUAGAGCAAAAUACCACCAACAAGCAUGGAAAUGAAAGUGGUUCUGAACCGGAAAUUUACUUGUUGGUCUCGCAUCGUGGUAGAAGACACGAUCAUCGUGGCGGUCGAAGGAUUGGUUUGUUUGGGCCAUUUGGCCCCCGUGGUCCCAAAGUUGAGAUGAGGGGGGGUGUGCGUCGUGGUCCUCCUCACGCUCGUGGAUUUAGACAUGAAGAAUUCGUGGAGACAAGUGAAGGCGAACGUGGUCAUAGUCCUCACAGAGGCAUGCGUAGAUUUGGCCCUGGCCCUCAUGAAAAACGCGGGCCUUCUUUAGAACGUGGUUCUGAGUUUCAUCGUGAACCUAGACAUCAUGGUGAUUCCAGUCACCGUCCUCAUGGUUUUGGCCCUCGAGGUGGUCCCCGUGGUAGAUUUGAAACUGAAGAACAUAUUCAUCAUCCUCGGGAACAUGGACGCGGACCUCGGGGUGGUCCUCGUGAUAGAUUUGAAACUGAAGAACAUAUUCAUCAUCCUCGGGAACAUGGACGUGGGCCUCGGGGUGGCCCUCGUGAUAGAUUUGAAACUGAAGAACAUAUUCAUCAUCCUCGGGAACAUGGACGUGGGCCUCGAGGUGGCCAUCGUGACAGAGUUGAAACUGAAGAACAUGGACACAGACCUCGGGGUGGUCGUCGUGACGGAUUUGAAAAUGAAGAACGUAUUCACCAUCUUCCUCGAGAACACGGUCAUGGUCCUCGCGAAAGAUUCGAAGCUGAAGAAAACGUGAAACAAUUACAUCGCAGAAAACCGGAAGACCAUGAACACAGUCCUCACAGAUAUGGUCACGGACAUCAUCGAAGAUUUAAUGCUGAAAGAAGCACGAAGGAAUUUCAUGGUUUGAUAAGGAGUCGGAAUAUUUUUCUGAUUCUUCCGAACGCCGUGGUCCUCGUGGACAUGGAUUUGGUCCCCGUGAUGGUCAGAGAUCUGAACAUGAUGAGCACGGCUCUGAUGGACGGACCUGAAUCGGAUCAUGAAUCAGAAAAUUCGAGAAAAAGCUUCAAUCAUCAUGGUGGCCACAGAUUUGGAAAUGGCCACGAUUUUCGAGGAAGACAUAGAUUAGGAAGGGGUGGGCCACGUUUGCAUCACCAUGUGCCUAGGCAUAGGAUGCCCCGAGGUCCCCGUUUCCCUCACCAUCAUCACCAUCGUAAGCCGCUUACUCCCGAAGAACUUGCGGAAAAGGUUGCCCUCCUAAACUCGAUGGGUUUUCCGGCUGAAAAGAAUUCUCAUUAUGAGGAAUUGUUGAAGAAAUUUAAUGGAAGAAUUGGUCGUGUAAUCGAAAUUUUACUCAGGGAACGUAAGAAGGAAGAAGAUGACAAGAAUAAAGGGAAUGACGAUGAGAAUGGUGGGAAUGAAGAAGACGAUGGGAAUAAAGAAGAGGGCGAUGGGAAUGAAGAAGAGGGCGAUGAGAAUGAAGAUGAGAAAACACCAGUGGAAGAUUACGAUAUCGUUGAAUAA